CAAACAUGGCCGCCCAAACAGAUCACUGGCUGAGAGUAUUCCAAGUGGAGGAGACCAGACGACACACCAAAGGCUAUACCAUUUAUAAAGUGAAAUCUAGUGUAUGUCCCCGAAACAGUCCAGAGGCUUCAACGUCAGUAGUGGUCUGGCGGCGAUACUCAGAAGUACGUCGGUUACACAAGGCCAUAUCUGAGCUCCACCAGAGGCUCGGUCUUCCAGGACAGUUACCGCCCUUCCCUCGUGCCACCGUCCUCAACAGAUUUGAAGCAGAUGUUGUGGAGACAAGGAGACAAGCUACACUCGACCUCUUGAAGUUCAUAGGUCAACACAGUCCACUCUUCACCUCUGACCCAUUCACCAAGUUUUUUCAGAAUGAAGAUAAUGGCAGCAAACAUUCUUCACUUAACAAGAUACGGAAGAACUCCAGGGGAAGGUCAAAGGAAGCUGAUUCUCUGGCCUCAACACUUGGGAUACAGGAGUCCUCGUCUCUGUACUCUCAGUUGAGCGACACCGAGGAUGACUUCAGUGUUUGCUCCAGCCUCGACUCCCCACCAGCCGUUGACGCCUUGUGUGCCACCCCGACUUACCCGACCGCCUCCGUUGCUCCCUCUGCCGUAGCAUCAGCGUCCACUGCUGUCGCCAUAACCGAUGGUUCGUGUGAAGGCAAAGACACACUGACGACUGCUUGCCAGAACCAUACUGGGGUGUCAGGUCUUUCAGUUAGCCAAAGAACCAACUCAAAGAGAUAUAAUUCUCAAGAAAAUUUCUGGAAAGUUGUGCCAAAUAGAACCAUCACAGAUACCGAACGAAGGGAGGAAGUUAAGUGCGAUCUCGGUUGGGGUUUACCAUGUGGGAAAGGCGUAGAGAACAAUGUUUUUUUUUUUCAUACGGGAAACUGUGAUGUUAAAAAGGACAACAAGGAUACUGUUCACCCAUCUGAGAGGCAUGAGUCCACUUCAUCCUCACAGCCAUGUUGCGUGUAUGAGAACCCAGUGCACAAUUCCCCUAAACAGCACCAAAAACCCUACCCGAGUGAAGAACCACGGCAUAUUCCCGACGGGGACGGCAGGUCAUUGGGUCCCGUACGGGUAAAACAAACUCCACGUCCAAUACCACCUCUCGAAAUCUCUAGACGGAUAAGCAUCUCCGGUAGAAAGAACUCGGUGCCCCUGACCCCCCUAACCCCCCUGACCACCACUGUUACCCCAGUCAUCUCAACACACAAGAUUCCAAGCCCACAGGAGGUCGCCAACACACAGUAUGUUUUUAUUGCAGCUCAACAGAUAAAUGAGGCGCAACAGCAUGAACAAAACAGGGAUUAUAAGCAGGCGCUGAACAUGUACCGAGAAGGAGUUGGGACAUUGUUACAGGGAGUACAAGCCAGUAACCCCGAGGAUCAUGCAAAGAAACGAGGAGAUGGGGAUGGUAGUCGCAGGGAAGCCGUCAGAAGGAAGACCGCUCAGUACCUACAGCGGGCGGAGCAGCUGGUGGCCCGCCUCACCCGUAAGGAUAAGAAGAAAGACCAACUUACAGACGGUCCCCCACCAGAGAUCAACAGCAGUGGUGAAGGAGGACUCAAGUGCCGAGCGUCAGACCUCUCCAGGUACCGUGUGGCGGGCCUGGCAGGAUCUGUCAUCAUCGCCACUGACACUACAAAUGGUGACACGGUUGCCAUCAAGGUUGUGAUCAAGAGCGGCAGUGGUAGUGGAGAGAAGACCGUUGUGCCCGAGAACAUCCCCUUCAUGGUGCCCAUCAUCAGGUAUCAUGAGACAGACAACGCCAUCUACCUGGUCCUUAAGUUCAUCAGCGGUGGUAAGUUAUGGAGCCACAUCAAGAAGUACGUUGUAGAGGAAAAUACAAAUCCAAACGAGAUUUACAACACCUCCAGCAACACGUACGCUGGGCGCCGCCUGCUGCAGGAAACCACAGAAUACGAUGGUCUCGCCAGCGAAGCAUUGUCGCUCUGUGAGACACCUUCCCUCGCCUCCCACUUAUCAUCACACCAGUCCUGUUCCCACACAACACCGUCCACCAACAACCUCCUCACCGUCCCAGGUUGUAGCUCAUUGGGAGGGUGUUCUGGAUGUUCCGAGGCUUCGUCGUCGUGUCUCCCCGAUGGUUACCUCCAGAUCUUCUCAGAGUACACUCACGGCCUGCCGUCCUCCUCCUCCAUGCUCGUCAUCCCUCCAUUAGGACAGAGCACUAACGUGACCACGGACACUGUGCCUAAAUCCAUGAGUGCCGGGGCACUGGUCGUUGCGGCUGGGUGUUCGGACAUAUGUCAAGAUGCUCAAAAUGAUGCCAAAUUAUCGGUUACAGAAGAUAAACUUUUUCCUCAAGAUGGUAUUUUUCUUAACGGAAGUAAUUUAAUGAACGACGCUGAUAAAGUAAGUAUCGGAAGUGACACGCUGUCGGGUGUUAGUGAAGACUUCAGUUGUUCUAUACCUGUCAGUGUCCCAAACCUUCUGCCAGAUCCUUUACCUUUACCAGAGGUCAGAGUUACUGAUGACCCACAACCUGAGAGUAAUGUAGAUUUGAUGAACAAUGAAGAAGAAUCUCACUGUACAAAAUGUAAGGAUGAUGCAGUUGAUGGGGUCGUGCCUCCGGGUGGAGAGAGGGAGGCCGGUGCACACAAGCACUGUGAGCAAGAUCAUGAACUUGUGAAACCAACUUAUAAUGGGAAAGAAAAUGAAAUGAAUUAUAACAAACAGGACAACACUCUGCAUGCCAGAUAUGGAGGAAGAGAUCCUUUGUUUUUAAGAACAACAGACACACACCUGGGCCUGGAGGAAGAUAGAGAAGACAACAGUGUAACUGACACAUCUUUUGCCAGUGUGACUCUCCCUUCCUUCUCAUGGACCAAACGGGAGGAUUCUGAACUUGCAUCUUUAGAUAUUGAUGAUCUUAUAAGGAAUUCCAAACAGUUAUUGCAGAAUGUUGACUACACACUACAGCAGAGUAAGAGCCAGGGUGUGACUGCAUGUCAUGACUCUGAUGAGAGCACUUCCGUUGACCAUUCUGAGCUCCCGUACGACAGUGACAGUAUAGGCUUUGACCAGACCGACAAAGGUAAAAAUAAUACACCCAAGACCGAAAAUGAAAAGAAAAUUCACCAGAACAAACAGUCCUUCGCUGUAUCCGCCAUUGGGGAGGGUCAGCCGUCGGGCAGUCGAUUGAGGGUCAGAAAUAAUAGCCAAAAGCCACGUGGAAGCACUUUAAAAGCUGUUAAAAGUGAGAGUAGUUUAUUAGUACGACCAGACUCUGAGGCAGAUCAUGAAGAGAGAAGUAUAGCCACUGAAUGUGUCAGUUCUCAGAAAGUGAAAUCACAAAGAGUCACCAUUGGUCAAGGUGUUGAACCAUCUCCUGCCAACCAGAAUGUCAGAGUCCAGCCUGAGCAACCACAAAGUGUUAAGGCAAAUAACUUAAAUUCAAGAGAGAACUGCGACGUGCCGAUAGAGAGUUCGUUAGCAGCCCUUCUGGAGAAAUAUUCUGCAAACAGAGGACACGACUCACGGCCGAGGUUACCAGAAGGCAUCGUGAAGGUGUGGUCAUCGCAAGUGAUCUCGGCCAUCACGGCGCUACACCAGCUUGGUAUUGUGUGGGGAGACUUCAAUUUUGACAACGUUCUCCUGGACGAAGGCGGCAGUAUUCUGGUGACGUACAAGAGCCGCUGGUCUUCAGUGCAACGUAACGUGCGGAGCAGCACGAGUUGGAAGAAUGUGAAUGAGCUGCCCACAGAGGGUGAAGCUGGAGCCAAACAGAAGAUGGGGUACCUGGCCCCAGAGCUUAAGUCACCCCUGGCAUUUUCCACCACGGCCUCUGACUGGUGGUCCAUCGGUGCUCUCAUGUACCACAUGCUUACUGGACAGAGUGUGUGGGCCGCUCACCCUUCAGGCAUCACCUCACACACAGAGCUGUUGAUGCCAUCACAUCUCACUGCUGAGGCCGCCUCCCUCCUCUCGCAGCUUCUGUGUGCUCACCCAACGGAGCGUCUGGGAGGCGGAGUUGCCGGGGCGCAGGAGGUCAAGGACCACGCCUUCUUCACGGGUAUACAGUGGACAGAGUAAGAAAUCUGUGAUAGCCAAGCUUUUAUAGCCCUAUACAUUUACAUUAUAGGAAGUAUGAUGACAGCAUUAUAGGAUGCUGGUGUCAGGUCCUACAGUACAGUAUUGUAGGUUAUGAGAAUGAUAAAACUUGUCAAAGUGGCCAAAAAGUUUUGUGUAUUUACGUAAACACAAGUAACGUAGUCGGCUUGGUGUAUGUGUAUGCAUGGUGAUUUAUGCUGCUUAUCUCAAUAACAAGAGACAAUUUGUGAGACUAGAAUAGGACCCAGGUGUUAGGAAACAAUACAUGCAUUAUGGUGAAUAGAAUUUGCUUCAUUAAACCAAGAGAGCUCAGACAAGGUGCUUUAUGGAGAUACUGUACUGUACUCCAGGUAU